UUGAGUCUUUAACAAUGGCUUAUCCGUCGUGUGAGCAAAGAAAUUGAAUUGAGUCCCUGGAGUGGAUGAAUUGCCAUGUGGGCGGCUACCCUUUCUUUGCCUUCACCAAUCUCUGCAAAUUGUAAAACCCAUAAAAAUAAAUGCAUCAACUUCAGACUCAGAGCAUCACUCUUCGACUAUCCUCUUGCAAGCAGGAUCUUUGUUAGAAAUUUGCCAUUUUCUACCAAAGAAAGCUGUUUGCAGAAGGAAUUUGCAAAUUUUGGCCAAAUAGCUGAAGUUAAGCUUGUCAAGGAUGAAUUCACAAAAAGAUCAAAAGGAUAUGCAUUUAUUCAAUAUACUUCUCAGGAUGAUGCAAUGCUUGCUAUAGAGAACAUGGAUCAACAGGUAUUUGAUGGCAGGCUGAUAUAUGUUGAAAUAGCAAAACCCGGGAAAGAGAGGCUUGGAGGAUAUCCAAAAACAUCAGGUCCCCCAAGGACUAAGCAGGAUUUACUGGAAACGAAUGAUUUGGCAGACUGCUGGUACUAAAAGAUGUGGGACAAAAUUUGUUGAGUUUGCCAGGCAAAAGCUGAAUCACUUUAUGUUUUCUGGCUGAAAGGGUUCUACAAUUUUAAGGAGGGUAAUUCUUAUUGAUCUUGACAUAAACCAAUGGCCUAUACCCUGCUCGUAAGUCGUAACAUAAUCUUCUUAAAACUUUAUUUGAUUAUUGAGGAUGGGGAUGUCAAAUAGGCAAUUGAUAAUUCUGCGCUUUUUACUUCUACAUGUUUAAUCACUUAUGCUUUGUAUUUUUCUCUAAAAAUAGCUUCCUGAAAAUAAUUUUUGAAAAAGAGACAUAUUUUGGGAAAAAUCUGAUAUUUUCUGUUGUACGGAUGAUCUUGUGAGAAAUAUGUUUUUAUAUUUGGAUGUUUUACAGUA